UUUACCCCCAAAAUGCAAGGCAGACGGAUGGGGACUUCAGGAAGAGCCAUCAUGAAGAGCACCAGUGUCAGUGGAGAGAUGUACACACUGGAGCAUAAUGAUGGCAGCCAGUCAGACACAGCUGUGGGUACUGUUGGAGCAGGUGGAAAGAAACGGAGAUCCAGCCUGAGUGCCAAAGUAGUCGCUAUAGUGUCGCGAAGAAGUAGAAGCACAUCUCAACUUAGCCAAACAGAGUCGGGCCACAAGAAAUUAAAAAGUACCAUACAAAGAAGCACAGAAACAGGAAUGGCAGCCGAAAUGAGGAAGAUGGUAAGACAACCAAGUCGGGAGUCCACUGAUGGCAGCAUCAACAGUUACAGCUCUGAGGGAAACUUGAUAUUUCCUGGAGUGCGACUGGGAGCCGACAGUCAGUUCAGUGAUUUCCUUGAUGGACUGGGGCCAGCCCAGCUUGUUGGCCGCCAGACUCUUGCCACCCCUGCGAUGG